CCUCUUUGGUACGUUUAAAACCAACAAACAGACAACUCAACCCUUCUCACCAACGAAGCUUCCCUUUACCCGCAAUUCUCUCCAAUCCUCAUAUCUUUCUAUACUUCUAAACUUUCAUCUCCUUUCAACCCUCCUAAAAUCUUUAUCUGUUUCAUUUUUCUUUUUCUCGAGCAAAUACUGUUACACAAUCUUUAAUUUUAUCCAUCCUGGUCGGAUUCCCGGCCUCCGUUUCGGUCUCUGGGGAUAUGCCAGAGAUCGAACAACAGCAGCAGCAGAUAGUACUCCGCAUCCCCGACAAUGCCCUGUUCGGAAAAUACGAGCUGGGCAAGCUUCUGGGAUGCGGAGCCUUCGCAAAGGUCUACCACGCGCGGAAUGUCUUCACCGGCCAGAGCGUGGCCGUGAAGGUGAUCAAUAAGAAGAAGCUGAACGGAACCACCCUCGUCUCCAACGUGAAGCGCGAGAUUUCGAUCAUGCGGCGGCUCCGCCACCCCAACAUCGUCAAGCUCUACGAGGUCAUGGCGUCCAAGACCAAGAUCUAUUUCAUCUUGGAGUUCGUCAAGGGCGGCGAGCUUUUUACUAGGGUUUCCAAGGGGCGGUUCACGGAGGCGUUAAGCCGGAAGUAUUUCCAGCAGCUGAUCGCCGCCGUAGGGUACUGCCACUCCAGGGGAGUCUACCACCGCGAUCUGAAGCCGGAGAAUUUGCUGGUGGACGAGAAUGGGAAUUUGAAAGUUUCCGACUUUGGGCUCAGCGCCGUUACCGGUCAGAUCCAACCCGACGGGCUCCUCCACACGCUUUGUGGGACUCCUGCUUACGUGGCGCCGGAGAUAUUAACCAAGAAAGGGUACGACGGAGCCAAGGUGGAUAUGUGGUCGUGUGGUGUUAUUCUGUAUGUAUUGAACGCCGGGUUUUUGCCGUUUAAUGACCCGAAUCUGAUGACGAUGUAUAAGAAGAUUUACAAGGGGGAGUUCCGGUGCCCCAAAUGGUUUUCGCCGGAUCUGAAGCGGUUCUUGGGUCGAGUUCUGGAUACAAACCCGAUGACCCGGAUCACUGUCAACGAGGUGCUGAAUGAUCCGUGGUUUACUAGAGGCGGCGACUACAGGGAGAUUAGUUUUCACGAUGAAGAUUACGAUAAAGCCAACGACGAGCAGAAGUCCGUGAUGAGUUUAAAUGCCUUCGACAUCAUCUCUUACUCGGCGGGUCUGGAUCUUUCUGGAUUGUUCGAAUCGACAAACCCAAUCCAGGACUCGGAGCGGAUCGUGUCGUCGGAGUCAGUGGAGACCAUUGUGGGAAGAGUGGAGGAGUUCGCCAGGCAGGAGAAAUUAAGAGUAAGGAAGAAGAAGGAUUGGGGGUUGGAGAUGGAAGGGCAGAAUGGUAAUUUGGUGGUCGGAGUCGAGGUAUCCCGGUUGACGGAGGACCUCGUGGUUGUGGAGGUCAAGAGAACAGGCGGGGAAUCUGUGCCGUUCCACAACACGUGGAACAAGCUCAGGCCCCGUCUGGUCUCGGACCCUCGAGAAGCAGUUGCUUCUUCUUCCUCCUCUUCUUGUUCUUCGUCUGUACAGUUGAUCGAUUGUUGAUUAAUGAUGAUGGCGAAAAAGGUUCUGGUUUUUGGUAAUGCUAUAAGCGUAAUGAUAAUAAGAAGAAUGUGAUACUUGGUGAUUUGUAUUUGGUUGUGCUUCGAAUAAAUUAAGGUCAAGAUUACUACUAGUCAAUUUUGUAAUCUGGGAAUGUAUGGAAGUACCAUAAGAUGGUGAGAGGGUCGUAGAGACUAAUGUACAGAGGUUUUGUACGGAGAAUGAAGAGUGGGAGUAGAGCUCUCAACUCUGACUCUGGGUUCUUUCAAUUGUAUAACUGUUCUAUUUGUUGUUCAUUUGUUCUUGAUCUUCAAUUACUAGUUGUGUAUCACUUGAUUGUUGAGUUUGUUCA